CUGGAAACAAUUGUGUGCUUCCGGCGAGUUGAAUAACCCAGUCCUGGACAAGACCUGGUAUGUCAUUGCCCUACAGGUUCAAAGCAAGAGGCACCGGAAAUAAUGCUGCAAUGGCACACACCACUACUUCUGUCCAUCACCACAGAAGCACGACAAAGGUCGAGCACAAACCCUUCAAGUCGCGGUUUGCCUCGAAGAGCGCCUUGAAGGACCAGGCGAAAGGCAAAAUCGAGAGCCAAAGGCCAGAGAGAGGCCAGAGAAAGACCCCUCACCAACAAGUCAUGUCGAAACUCGCCAGACGCAACCAGGCCAAGCAACUGCGCAUGCACCACAAGGACAAGAAAGAGGGGGAAGAGCUCAUAUUUCAAGGUGUCGAUGGAGCAGCAAAACACAUUGCAGUCGUGCCGCUUUCGAGUGACAUCAAUCCAUACUCGGUCAUCAAGACCCUGAAUGAAAGUGUCGAUAUUUCGGAUUCCAACGUCUCCUCUGGGACGGUUCCCGUCCGAGUCGACCGCUUUCGCCGCAACCUCCUCUAUCUACCCGCUAAAUUCGACCUGCUGAACGCUCUGGACAUUUGCAAGCUUGCGGACUGGGUGAUUUUUGUUCUCGACGCGGAGCAAAAGUACGGCGAAGAGGAGGAUCUAUUUCUGAGAUCACUCGAAGGCCAAGGCAUCACCAAUGUGACCGCUCUCGUUAUCAACCUAGAUCAGACAAUCCCAGCUCCGAAGAGGAUGCGCCAUCUGACGGAGAUGAACAUUGCUCUAGGCCGCUAUUUUCCCGCUCUUGACAAAUUGUCCAGCCUGGACAGCAAAUCAGACUGCUCAAACUUGGUCCGACGGAUUUGUACGGCUUCAACGCGAGGGAUUCGGUGGCGAGACGACAGAAGCUGGAUGCUGAUCGAGCAAGCCAACUGGAGCCCCCAAGUGGACGAAACAACCGCGACCACCAGUGUCACGCUGUUCGGGACGAUUCGAGGGAAAGCGCUGAAUCCGGAUCGCUUGGUCCAUGUCCCAGGCUGGGGAGAUUUCCGCAUUUCUUCAAUCCGACAGGUGCCUCGCCAAGGGCAAAAGCGGAAGGCCGAAGAGAUGGACGCGGACGAGCCCAUCAAGGAGUGGAAACCCACCGCGGACCAAGACGACCUCGCAGAGCUGGCACCCGAGGAAGCCGAGAUGCAAGAUGCAGCAAGCACCGUGGCCACCACCGAGCAUAAAGGGGUUCUACUCGAUGACCAUCACUAUUUCUCCGACGACAACUCUCACAUGCCUCCCCCGCCCAAGAAACUACCUCCGGGGACUUCCAACUACCAAGCGGCCUGGUUUCUGGAUGACGUGUCGGAUUCUGAAUCCGACAUGAGCGACGACGAAGACCGAGACGGCGACGUGGCCAUGGACGCGGAGCAAGAGUCACUAAACGCCGGAGACGGUGGCGGGAUGGUUCUCACGAACGCCGAAGACGGCGGCAGCGUGAUGGAAGGCAAAGCCCCCUCCGAAUAUCCCCAGUCAGAAAUGAACCUCGACGACGACCAGGACGACGCACCGCUCGAAGCGGAAGAGGAGGCGCGGCAGCUCGCAGAAUUCCGCGCCAGCCGCCGGAAGAAGGAGGCCGAGGAGGACCUGGAGUUCCCGGACGAGAUCGAGCUGCACCCGGACGUGCUCGCGCGGGAGCGACUGGCGAAGUACCGCGGGCUGAAGAGCCUGCGGACGAGCGAGUGGAACCACGCCGAGGACGCGCCCUACGAGCCCGCCGAGUACAAGCGCCUGCUGCAGGUGCCGGAGUACCGGAAGUCGUACAGCAGCGUGAUCAAGGAGUCGCUGGCGGGGGCGGUGCUGGCCGGGACGAGAGUCGAGAUCGAGCUGCGCGACGUGCCGAUCUCGCUCCAGUCGCGCGCUCCGCAGCCGUCGUCCAUGUUCUCGCUGCUCAGGCACGAGCACAAACACGCCGUGAUCAACCUCAACGUGACGCUGCGCUCGGACCUCGCGGAACCGGUCAAGUCCAAGGACGAGCUGAUCGUGCAGAUCGGCCACCGGCGCCUGCUCAUCAACCCGGUCUUCUCGGCCGCGGGCCAGACGCCCAACGACGUGCACAAAUUCGACCGAUUCCUCCACCCAGGGCGCACAGCGAUCGCGAGCUUCACGGGGCCGCUGACGUGGGGCUCUGUGCCGGUGCUGAUCUUCCAACGCCAAUCCCCUCGCCAGUCAUCAGACGGCACCAACCCAGACACAAUCGAGGACACAACCGCACCGGCACUGAUCGACGCGCACACCACCACCCAGCGCAUCCCUUCCUCCUCUUCAACACCACUUUCUCCGCUCCGCCUGAUCGGGACCGCGACGACCCUGCCGCCCUCGUCGACGCGGGUGGUCGCCAAACGCCUCAUCCUGACGGGCCACCCGUACAAGAUCCACAAGAAGCUGGUGACGGUGCGGUACAUGUUCUUCACCCGGGCGGACGUGCAGUGGUUCGCGGCUCUGCCGCUCUUCACCCGGCGCGGGCGCCAGGGCUUCAUCAAGGAGCCGCUCGGCACCCACGGCUACUUCAAGGCCACCUUCGACGGGCGCAUCGGCCCACUCGACGCCGUCGGCGUCGCGCUGUACAAGCGGGUGUGGCCGCGGCCGGCGAGGGUGUGGGAAAGUGAGGGGGUUUGAUUGUAGGGUGGCCCGAGGAUAACAUGCUGCGAGGGUCAAGAAGGGGGUAGGACUGGGAUACAUGGGCGAUAUGCACCGAGACGAUGACGAGCAUGAAUUGAUGAUGAUUAUGGGAAGGCUAUGAUCGUGAUGAAACAUCAUACCAUGAAUAGAGAGCAUAGAACAUUGGAAGGGAAUCUACCUUCGAUGAACGAAAUACUUUGCCAGAUGAACGGCCAGCUUCACUCGAGCCAGUAACCAGCCAAACCGACCGGAACAAAGACCUUCAUUGCGCUCCAUCAUUCCCCAGAGCUCCUUCAAACGUCCUGUUUCAAGCC